ACGCCCGCUCCGCCGGGGAUAAAGGAGCGCAGCGCCCCCCGUCACGUGUCUGUCCGCCUCCGACGCUGACGGGGCUCGGCGGCCAAUUUUUAGCCGGCCUGUCGCUAGUUGGCUACCCGCUUGUUUAUUUAGAGCGAAGUUGGCCACUGAUAGCCGGGAGUCGGCAUUGCGCGGCCGGCGGGCGGGUCGGGUCGGUCCUCAGUCGUCGAGCGGGGUCAGUCCGUUUCGGGAUCAGCAGUAGUAGGACGGCAGCACCAUGGACAGCGCGGAACGGUGCUCCAAACGGGGGCUGCUAAUGCAGGUGCUGACUGCCGUGUCUCUCUCCACCAUGGGCUUCAACCUGGGGGCGUCGCAGGCAUUCACGGGCGUCUUCACGGAGCAGAUGACCUCCGCUCGGGCCGACCUGGCGCUCACCCGCUCGCAGAUCUCCUGGGUGGCGGCCAUCUUCGCCAUGGGAAACAUGAGCGGCUUCCUGAUGUCCAGCUACGCCAACCCGCGGCUGGGCACCGUGCGCAUCGUGCAGCUGUGCGCGCCGGUGGUGGCCGCCGGCUGGCUGGUGCUGGCGCUCGGUAACAGUUUCUGGACGGUGCUGGCCGGCCGCGCGCUGACCGGGGUCGGCAUCGGCACCAGUCUGGGGCCCACCAUCACACACAUCGGCGAGAUCACGUCCGUCAACCUCCGCGGCGUGCUGGCCAUCUUCAUCAACGUCAUGAUCAGCAUCGGCAUGCUGAGCAUCUUCCUGAGCGGCUGGCUGAUGGGCUGGCGCCACGCCUGUCUGGCGGUCGGGAUCGGGCCCAUCCUGCUCAUGUUUGUCGUCACCCUCGUGCUGCCGCGCUCCGCCAAGUGGAUCAUCUCCAAGGGCCACCCGGAGGAGGAGGCGCAGCGCUCGCUGCACUUCUACCACGGCAAGGACUACGACGUGCACCAGCAGAUACAGAGCAUCCGGGAGUCGCUCGGCGACGAGCACCGGCACGACGCGUCGCUGCUGCAGGUGCUGAGCCUGCUCAGACACCGGCACAACCUCGUCCCGUUCGGCCUGAUGCUCGGCAUCUACACGUUCUUCGUGUUCUCGGGCGGCUUCACCACGGCCUCGUUCGCCCCGGUCAUCUUCAAGGAUGUCGGUGGGUUCAGCAACCCGUACAUCGGCUCGAUCCUGCUGGGCGUGCUCAGAGUGGUGGCUUCCGUCGCCGCCAGCAUCGUGAUCCGCAAAUGCGAGCGGAACAGCCUGCUCUUCAUCAACAGCGUGGUUGGCGGCGUAGCCUGCCUGAUCAGCGGCUUCUUCUUCUACUAUAGCGCCGCGCUGGCCGACUACGCCUGGGUGUCUCUGGUCUCGGUGCUGGUGAUCGUGGGCACCAUGUCGCUGGGAAUCGCGCCGCUCACCAACGUGCUGCUGACGGAGCUGCUGCCGAACGCCGUGCGAGCCGAGCUCGGCGGCAUCCUGCUGCUCUACUACGGCACCGCCAGCUUCGCCAUGGUCUACUGCUUCCCGCUGGUGGCCGACAGUGUCGGCAUGGCCAGCGUCUUCUGGUUCUUCGCUCUGAUGCAGGUGCUGAUGGCUGCGUUCGCCAAACUGUGUCUGCCGCACACCAACGGGAAAUCCAUCGAGGAGAUUCAGAAGCUGUUUGUGAAAAAUAUUACGAAUGUCGCCAGCGAUCCCAUCCAUCUCCACGCCAAAAUGAACAAAACUAAUGGUGGUUUGGCCUAUCAGACAUUCCAGGUGGAAGACCUUGAGAGGCGACCGGCACCUUCGGAGUCGUAACGUGUUUCACCCUGUCCUAGAAACUUCUCAGUGAACGAUGUUUUGAUAAUAUUAAUUGUGUAUCCUGUAAAACGCAAUAUGUGUCAGCAUCAUUAGCGAGCUUAUUGAAACAGUGAGUUCAAUUAGACUGCAUUUUAUAUGUUCAUGGCCAUUCAUCAAUAGCCUCAUUCUAGUUAUUUGCACUUAUCGUUACGGAUACGAUGCUUAGGCGUAUUGGAGCAGUUAAGGUCUGGCUUGGCUACAUAGUAAACUAUGUGUUUUCUGCGUGCGUUUUUUGCGGUUUUGCGUUUUUUUUUUGCGUAAUAUCGUUCUAGAAAAAAAAAAGUUAUAAAUAAUACUACUUUUACAUUUGUUGAGCAUUAGUUAUGUACAAAAGUUAACAUCACUCUUAAAUUGACUAAAAUUUAAUAUAAAAACAUCAAAAAACGUAAUAUCGUGUUUUUAUUCUAGAACGAUAUUACGCAAAACCCGUAAACCCGCAAAAACGCACGCAGAAAACGCAUAGUGUAGCCAGGCCUUUAGUGUCCCAUAUAUCGAAUAUCACCGAGUGAUAAAUGCUGUGAACUACUGUGUCAUUUCAAACUGUAAGUUCUACUGAACCGCCUAGAUAAAACAUUUUCUAUAUGCACUAAUAAAGUGAGCAUGGAAAUG